GGUCGGUCGGGCGGCCGGCGCCGGGAGGUGUGAUCUGCGCGUGCGCGCCGGGCCAGGCCAGGCCGGGUUGAGGGUGAGGGUGAGGGUGAGACGGGCCGGCGGGCCUGAAUAUCAACGCCUGCCUCCCUGGCUGCUGACAGCGGGCUGUGUCCGCCCCGACUUGCCUUGGUUCAACCGCCCAGCUGUGGCCGCCUACUCCCGAUGCCAUGGCGAUCAGCCAGCUCCGGUCGCUGAGAGUGUGCACCUGCUUCGCCUGGCUGCUCUCCCUCUUCAGGCGGCUGAUCUGCAGGUCUGGAAGGGGGAGGAAAUUGAGUGGAGAUCAGAUAACCUUGCCAACAACGGUUGAUUAUUCAUCUGUUCCUAAACAGCCUGAGGUAGAAGAAUGGAGUUCAUGGGAUGAAGAUGGUCCAACCAGUAUUAAGAUUGAAGGCGGUAAUGGGAAUCCGACACCACAACAGAAUGGCACUGGAGAGCCUGAAGAACCUGAUUACUUUAAGGAUAUGACACCAAACAUACGAAAACCUCAAAAAAUUAUUAUUAAGAAGAAAGAACCUUUACAUUUUGGAAUGCCAGAUGGCACCUCAGGGUUUUCUACCAGACUGGCAGCUUCACAAGAUAUCCCAUUCAGCCAGCCAUCACCUGAACUAGGAGAUUUUGAAACUUGGCAAGAAAACACUAAUGCCUGGGAAGCGGAGGGAGAUGCUACCUGGGAGGCAGAAGAAGUGCUGAGGCAGCAGAAGCUUGCUGAGAGAGAGAAGAAGUCAGCUGAACAGCAAAGGAAAAAGGUAGAAAAGGAUGCACAACGAUUACAGAGAAAGGAACAGAACAAAAUUGCUGUAAAACUUUCAUAACUGCAAAUGAAAAGUGGACUCAUCACUAUCAGGACAAGUGCAGUAUCUGUUGCCUCUUGUGGUAACUAUGACCAGUAUACAGGAGAAUAAUUUUUUUAAGUAAUUGCUACUGCUGUGCAUUGAUCUGUGCACUUUCAGUUUAGCCUGUCACCACCUGAUGCUUGGAAAUCUUCCUGGAUUACUGGAAAUCAUUGGGAUCGAUCGAGGAUUUUUCCAUGUAUAUACACGUUGUCAGCUGUCCAAUCAGUGCAUUGUUGGAUGCAGUAUUCGACUGCAACAACCUCUGAAAUCCGGGUAGAUUAUUUACUGUAGCCCUUCAGGUUGAAUAUAGGAAUAUUUGUAAUUGUAUGGCAUAAUUUAUCUGCUGUGUGUAAAAUAUCUUUCAUUUGAAAUUAUAUUUAAGCAUAAAAUGUGUUGGUCCUUUCCUUUGCCUGUUUGGAUUUACUUGUCAUCAAUCAGUUAUACUAUUGCUGGAUACUGAGAUAUUACCAAUGAAGUCAAGAAAUUGUCAAUAUAUCAGAUUGUGUUGUAUAUAUUUUUAAAAUAAAUUUCGGAGAAAGAUGGGUGUGGGAGAAAAAACUAAAUUUUUAUGUAUCUUGAUAAAAUAUCUUCAAGGUUGAUCGCUAGCAACUAAAUAAAACCAUUACUGAAGCUCACUUUUAAAGAAAUAGAUCAUUUCUUUUGGCGUUGUGGAAGUUAGCAUUUUGGUUAAUUGUUAUAUAAAUUAAAAUGUUAUUUCUGCAGAAGCAAUGGAGAAUGUACCUAUGUCAUUAAUAAGCUUUGUGUUUUUAUAUUUGCAUAUAAGUCACUUAAUUAUCUGCUGCAAAAUUCAAAAUGUUAUGUAAUUUAUCAUUCUGCAACAUCUGCCAUGUUUUUUUUGUAAGGGAAGCCAGCAGAAUCAGCUUUGUUUACUUUUGUUAAACUCUUUUGCAUAUUUUUAAAACUGCUUUAAAAUGACAUGUUGCCUUGAAUGCAAUUAUGUACCUUAAAUGAAAAUCACCCUUAUUCUGCUGUAGGCUUACACCUGUUUAUAGUCCUUAUAAAUUCUGUAAUCUAAAGUUACAGAACAUUUCAUUGUCUAAUAUAAGAUGAAACUGUUACCAAAUCUAUGAUUAGAACAAUUAAAACAAAAACUUUAUUCUGUAUUGCUAUCCUGGCCCACAUCUGGAAAUGUGCUAAUUAAAUGGUGCUUACUAAAAUU